AAAAUAGAACAACAAAAAAAUAAUCUUUUGGAAAAAACCUAAAAUUCUAGUGCUAAAGUGCCAUACUAUAAAGUUAAGAAGGAAAUUCCAAAUCGACUUUCUUGUUGACUCGUUUAAAACCAUACGAUGUGGAAAUACGGUGUCAUACUGCUGUGCCUAAGUGGAUAUUGCCUGGCAGGUCCAGUGGGUUUAAAGAAAAAUAUGCCAAUUGGUCUUCAUCAACGUGCUAAUGAUGCUGCCUCAUCAAUGGAGAGCACCAUGGCUGAGAGUGAGAGUACCAGUACUGCUGCUGCUUCCGAGCCCAGUUCUGCGGAAAUGAUGAUUAUGUCUUCCCUGACAUUGCCCAGCAAUGCCACCUCCAUUAGGUCCGAAAUUACUGACAACUUUUCUUGUGCCAACAAAACCUAUGGCUACUAUGCCGAUGUGGACAAUGAUUGUCAGAUCUUCCAUGUAUGCUUGCCCGUUACCUAUGCUGAUGGCAAGGAGAACACUUUCCGUUGGUCAUUCAUAUGUCCCGAGGAAACAGUGUUCAGUCAGGACUCAUUCACCUGCAUGCGUCCCGAGGAUAUGACAAUUACGUGUGAAGAUUCUUUAAGUUACUACGAAUUAAAUCGUAACUUUGGCAUGGUGGAGUCAGAAGGUGAAAAGGAGAAUAAUGAGAAACCGGCAGCAGAAGCUGCUGAGGAAAUGAAUGAGAAUCAACCUGAGGUAAUGGAGCCUGUGGUUAUUAAAACUGAGCCUGUGAGACCAGUUGAGCAAGUCAAUAAAGUGAUGCAGAAACCAAUGCGCCGUAAACCUGCCUUGGCUUAUGCCACUCAGAAGAAACCCAUGCGUAAAGUUCCUCAAACACAACCGGAGAUGAACUCCAUUGUAAGUGAACAGGAAAUCAUUGAUACCAGUGAGCCAUUGAAGCCCUCAGUGCAAGAAGAAGAAAUUAAGCCUGUAGUGCAAAAGAUCAUUAGCAGACGACCAGUUCCUGUGAUGUCAAAUAGCUUCAAGGAUAAAUUGCAAAAUUCCAAAAUAGACACUACGAACUCUUUGCGCUCUGAUUUGUUCAAUCAAAAACGUAAACGUCCCACCAUGUUCAAUAAAAAACCAGCCGACCAACCUGCUGUAGAGCAAACAGAGCAACCAGCCGAAGAGCCCGCCUUAGAGGAAACUCAGAAAAAAGUUACCGAACAGAGUUUUUCCCCAAUGGAAUCUGAUAUGUCAAACAGCAAUAUUGCAUCUCAAGUGGCCGACUCCAAAAUUGAAGGCUCGCAAAUUCAGGAAGUUUAUUUAAAGCCUGAAGAAACUCCCGAAGAGGAGAUUGCUGCGCAAAUGCCUGUUCAGUCUGAAGCCGAAUAUCCUGCCCAAGUUUUGGAAGCCUUUGAAGAAAUUCCUGCUGUUAUUGCUGAAGUAAUGGAAUCCACACAAGCUGAAGAGGACAAACCAGAGCAACAAAUAAGUGCUGCCGAAGAUAUUCCGAAAAACGAAGAUUCCAUUUCAAGUGAUGUUGAUAGUGAAACUUCCCAGGAUUCUGCAAUGGCACAAGCAACCAUUGCCAUGGAAGAGGAGUUACAGUCUGCUGAAGAAACGCAACAUGGGCAAGAGACUCUAAAACUGAAUGAAGAAGUGCCAGAAACUCAAAAUGCCGAAGAAGAUCACAUACAUGAGGAUAAUCAAACUGCCAAAGAAACCCCAAAUGCUGAAGAAAUUCCAAAUAGUCAAGAAAUCCAAACUGCCGAAGAAAUCAUGAAUGCCGAAGAACCAAAACCAGCUGAAGAGCCCAAUAAUGGUGAUGCCGAAACCCAAGACAUCAAUGAAGCUAUUGAAGAAACCCAAAAUGUUGAGGAAGUUCAGGCCGCCCAAGAAAUGCCAACUGUGGAGGAGACUCAUCACUCAGAAGAAGAAAUUCAGACUGCUGACCAAAAUUCAAAAGAAGAAGAGCAAAAAAAUGGUGAAGCUCAGACAGUAGAAGAAACUCAUAUGGUUGAAAGUGCCCCGGAUAUGGAAAACACUAAGUUGGAUGAAGAAGCCCAAAUAAUGGAUCAAGCUGCUGAGGAAAGUGAAAUUGUGGAUCAAACUCUAACAGCUGAAGAAACACCAAAAGCUGAGGAAGCAGAGGCCAGCGAAGAUAUGAAAACUGAAGAAGAAACAGAACAAAAAGUUGCUGCCGAAGCAAUUAUGGAAAAUGAAGCCAGUGGAGAAGCCAUGGCAAUUCAAAAUUCUGAAACAGAGCCUGAAGAAGUGAAACCCAUUGAUGAUGAGUUCAUCAAAGCAGAAGAAAUGUCCCCAAUGAUUGAAGUGUCCGCUACUGAUGACAAACUGUCACCUGAAGAAUCACAACCUGCUGCAGAAAUGGAACAGACAAAGUCUACCGAUGUCGAAAUGGCAGAGCAACAACCGGCUAUGAUUCUCGCCGAACCUGCAAUUUUUGAAGAAAAUUCCGAAGAAGCUGCCGCCCCGCCUGCUUUGCAAACCCUCGAAGAAAUGGAGGCCGAGAAGCCCGAUCAUGUUCCUGAAUCCAUGCCAGCUACCGAGGAAAUGUCCCAACAGGAUCCCAUUGUCCAGCAAAUGUUCCAAGAGAAAAAUGAGGAGGAUGAUAACAAGAAACAAACCAUAGGAGGUUUUAAGCCUGUCGAUCCCGUAAUGGCUGCUGAAGCUGAACAAUUAAUUGCGGACUUCAUUAACACUCUAAGGAACAAUGAUUUUGCCAAUGAGAAACCCGGAAUGCCAAUCAUGGAGAUUGCCAUGAAUCAGGAACCCGAAAAGAGUAUGGAAUCUGAUGAUGUAGCACAACCACAAAUCAUUGAAACUCCAGUGUACGCUGAAGAGGACAAAACCGUGGAAAACGAAGAGGAUUCCAUGAAUAACCAAGAAGAGAAAGACACAGCUCAGUCCAUGGAUAUGAAUAUGGAUAUGGAUAAAGCCAGUGAAAACAAUGAAAUGGGCUCUCUAAAGUCCUCGGAAGUCAGCGAAGAAUCGCAACAAUCUGAUACGAUGCCAGUUCAGGUUCCUGAAAUGAUUAUGUCCCAUAUGCCCGAGCAUAUAUAUCAAAUCCCUGUUGAAGUUGUUGCCUCAGAGGCUGAAGAAGUAAUGCCUGAUAUGCACCAACAAAUACAGUCGGAGGAGCAAACAAACACCAUUGCAGAAGAAAUGCCUAUCCAAUCCAAUGAGGAUGAACCACAUGAAAUGGAAAAUCCAGCCGUUUUAAUGGGUGGCUAUAAGCCUUUGAGCAUAGAUGACAUUGUGGAAUUGGUUAAGGAACGUUUAGAUCAAAAGCCCCAGGAUGAAUUGGAGACCCCCAUGCAAUUGGAGCAGGUUUUGAAUGAGGCAAAACCCAAUGUUGAGGAAGAGGCUUCAGCAUCUGCUGGGGAAGCUGAACAAACAGCUGUUGCUGCAGAAUCCCAAGAGGAAAUUGUUAUGCCCAUUUAUCAUAGAUUAGCCGAACCCACCAAAGUUGAUGCUGGGGUUCAAACUGACAUUCAGGAUGAGUCAUCGGUGGCUGCUGAGGAAGAGAAGGAUAUGGUAGCAGCUCCCUCGACCACUCAAGAGAAAUCAAAUCGUUCCUAUAGAUCUCGCAGUAUGUUAAGCGCCAAAUUGGAUCCUCGCAAACGUCGUUUCCUUUUCCGAUCAGAUGAAAGCUAAAUGAUGAAUCACCCAUAAAACUGUCCAGUCCCUCUCUCUGGGAGACUGUUUGUGACUUAAAAAUGCGCCAUUUGUCCCGCCCAAAAUCUUAUUAUUUUAGAUUUUUUUUUUAAAUAUUCGCCUAGGCA